GGCGGGGCGGCCGCAGGGGUAGGUGCCGGGGCGGGAGCCACCCGAGCCAUCGGCAGUAGCGCUGGGGCCGGGAGCAGAGCAUGGCCCCGCCGGGCUCGGAGGGCGGCCGAGGUGCCGCCGGAGCCAUGGCCCCCGGGAAGAAGAUCACGGCCCGGAUCAAGAGGACGCUGCCGGUGAAGGGCCCGCAGGCCCCGACGCUGAGCGAGCUGAUGCGGUGGUACUGCCUCAACACCAACACCCACGGCUGCCGCCGCAUCGUCGUGUCCCGCGGCCGCCUGCGCAGGUUCAUCUGGAUCCUGCUGACCCUCAGCGCCGUCGGGCUGAUCCUCUGGCAGUGCGCGGAGCUCCUCAUGAACUACUACAGCGCCUCGGUCUCCGUCACCGUCCAGUUCCAGAAGCUGCCCUUCCCCGCCGUCACCAUCUGCAACAUCAACCCCUACAAGUACAGUUCCAUGAAAGACUAUUUAUCUGAAUUGGACAAAGAGACCAAAAAAGCUUUGGAGACUUUCUAUGGAUUUUCCGAGGGCAAGUCCAAGGUACGCCGGUCAGUGGAUGAGUGGAACAGCACAGGGAGUGACUUCUUCAAGCAGAUCCCUCUGCUGAAGUUUGAAGACUUCUCUAGGACUGUGACUGACCUUCGCAGUGGCCAGAAGAGGAAAAUAGAGGGCAGUGUCUUUCACAAGGACUCAUCCAUCGUGAACUCUGGAGAUUCCAAUGAUAUCAUUGGAUUUCAGUUGUGCGAUGCAAACAACAGCAGUGAGUGUGCACUUUACACCUUCAGUUCUGGUGUUAAUGCUAUCCAAGAAUGGUACAAGCUGCAUUACAUGAACAUCAUGGCACAAAUUCCCUUGGAGACUAAAGAGAAAUUGAGUUACUCUGCUGACGACCUUAUACUGACUUGUUUCUUUGAUGGCCUAUCUUGUGACAAAAGGCACUUCACCCGUUUCCAUCACCCCCUCCAUGGCAAUUGCUACACCUUCAACAGCGGGGAGAACGGGACCGUCCUGAGCACCUCAACCGGAGGCAGCGAGUACGGAUUGCAGGUUGUUCUGUAUAUAGACGAAGCAGACUACAACCCCUUCCUGGUGACAUCAACAGGAGCCAAGAUCAUUGUCCAUGACCAGAAUGAAUAUCCCUUCAUCGAAGACAUCGGCACGGAAAUUGAGACGGCAGCCGCCACCUCCAUAGGGAUGCACUUUACUCGGUCUCGCAAGCUGAGCAAACCCUACAGUGACUGUACAGAGACUGGUGCUGACAUACCAGUAGAAAACCUCUACAACAAGAGCUAUUCACUCCAGAUCUGCCUGCACUCCUGCUUUCAGAAGGCCAUGGUGGAUUCCUGUGGCUGUGCCCAGUACGCCCAGCCCUUGCCUGCUGGGGCAGAGUACUGCAACUACAAGAAGAAUCCCAACUGGAUGUAUUGCUACUACAGACUGCACGAGAAGUUUGUGAAAGAGCAGCUGGGCUGCCAGCAAAUCUGCAAAGAUGCCUGCAGCUUCAAGGAGUGGGCACUCACCACCAGCAUUGCCCAGUGGCCCUCCACUGCAUCUGAGGACUGGAUGCUUCGAGUUCUCUCCUGGGACAAAGGGCAGAAACUCAACAAGAAGCUGAACAAGACAGACCUUGCAAACCUCAUGGUGUUCUACAAAGACCUGAACGAGAGAUUCAUUUCAGAGAAUCCUGCCAACACUCUUGUCAUUCUUCUUUCCAACUUCGGAGGCCAGCUGGGCCUGUGGAUGAGCUGCUCCGUUGUCUGUGUCAUCGAGAUCGUCGAGGUCUUCUUCAUCGAUUCCCUUUCCAUCGUGAUGCGGCGCCAGUGGCAAAAGGCAAAGAAAUGGUGGAGCAACCGCAAAGUGGAGCGGUCGGGGAAGGCACCGCGGGCUGGCGACCCGGAGAGGAGGGGCCACGACAACCCUGUCUGCAUCGAUGAGGAUCUGCCCACCUUCAACACCGCCCUCCGCCUGCCGCUGCCCCAGGACAGCCCCCUGCCCAGGACUCCCCCCCCCAAUUACAGCACUUUGCGCCUAGAGACUGCCUUCACCGAACAGCUGCCUGACACACUGGAGCCGGGGCAGCACUGACCCUUGCUCAGACACCCACCCAGGUGCCAAAAUAAGAGGUGGGUGCUGGACCACAGCGUCCAGGGUGAAAGGCACAUGUCCAAAUGAGCACUGAGGGGCUGUGGGGUCAGACCCUAAUUCAGGGAAUUGAACUUGCAAAGCUUCUCCGAGCAAAGCUCAAACACAAAAGCCAAGGGCUCAGAGACACUGGGGACUUCAGGCAGCACCAACUCUCAAGUUAAUCAUCACAGGAUGUGGCCCUGAGCUGGGAUGUCUUGUCUGACAGAGGCAUACAUUAGCAACCAGCUGCACACACCCAAUUGUAUGUGGGCAGGAGUUACUCCACAGCAGAAGAUUGGUGCCACAUGGAGUAUUAACACUAAUUGCUCUCUGCUGUGUGGCUUGACUUGUGGGGAAAACCCAGGAAUGCAGCAUGACAUUGGCAAGAAGGGACAUGACAGAGGUUGGGAAGAGCACAGAAAGGAUGAAAGGAAAGCUCUCAAGAUGAACAUUAAUUCUAAAGGUGGCCUGAGGACCUCUUUAUUCUAAGACUUGAAGUUAGGAUAGCCAGACGUGCCUUGUAGAGCAAGAUAUUACACAGGGUGAGCAGGAGAACCUAAGUCCUCCCAAAAGAAUAAUCUGAAAAGGGCACAAAAUCUAAUUCAGAUGGCAGUAAUGAGCUGUGUACUCUGCAAGCUUGUUUCAUCUCACGUGGCUCAAGCUGGCCAUUAAAGGUAACCUCAGAGGAGCUCCUCAAGCUGUGCCUGGCCUUGGCCACAUAAGACUUUCCAGAAGCUUCAGAAGGAGCUUACUGUUCUUCUCCUGCUCAGCCCUGGGCAAGGAUGCCCUCCUGCAGCUGACCCCCCCCUCUUCCUGCCUCCCCCAGAGCUGGUGGUGACCAGGAGGGGAACCCACCAUGCACCCAAAUGCCUGGGGUCACAGAGACCCUCAGGGCACCCAGCCCAGGGACACCACCCUUCCUGUGCCCCAGCCCUGCACCCCACUCUUUCUGCUGUAGCUUUUUUCUUUCUGCUGAGGCCAUGGCCUGCACCAGGCUGACUGCUGGGUAGAGCCCAAGUGAGUGAGUGAGAGUGUGUGCCAGAAAGCCUCUCUUCUCAUUUCUCUGUAUAAGCUUAUUUUAUAUAGGACAGUGAGAAUCCAGAAAGGUUCUUCAAUGUGCAAUAAAACGUAUUUUAACUGGAUUAUUUAAAUAGCUGAUACACUGAAAAAAAAAUAAAGAUAUAUUUUU